GCGAAUUGCCUAAACUUCGGAGGAGGCGGAGAUCAUUUUGUUGUCAUCGCCGAAAAUGAUUGAACGCCGAUGGCCACAGAUUUUCACGCAUGAAAAGAAGUGAUUUUACGUAUCAUAGACUGUACACCGAUACGAAGUUUAUCGGUGAUAAGAAAAAAAAAAAACAAGGGUCCUUAUGAAGGCGGGUGACGAGGCACCCGGACUUUGAGAUGUGUCCUACCCAGACACAGCUGUGCCUCGGCACCGACUCUCCCUGCGGACCAACACAUCCAUGAGAACCACAGCUGAUCUAGAUGGAUGAGCCUGACUGACCGGGACGCUUGAGUUAUAGUUUCUCUGAGACUUAGCUGUUAAUCUAUCUACGAUGUCUGUCUCCACGGCACUGGCAAAGGCACUCUUUGACAACACGGCAGAGAGCCCGGAGGAGCUGGCUUUCCGGAAAGGUGACAUCCUGAUGGUUCUCGAACAGGAGCAGAGUGGUGGGCCGGGCUGGUGGCUCUGCUCCCUGCACGGAAGACAGGGUAUUGCCCCUGCCAACCGCCUUCGUCUCCUCCAGACUGCCCCACCCCCAGGCUCAGAUCUCCGUCGUGGCCCCAGCGAGGACUCUGUUUAUCUGUCGCCUGGCCCCGCGCUGGCUCGGUCUGCUGUCAGCAGUAGUACAGAGGACAUAGAUGGAGUGUAUCGCUCCCCGCCUUGCGUGGGUGAAGGACGAGGAGCGGGAGCUGCCUCAAGGCCUGGGGAGCUUCGCAGAGUUGAGGGUGGGCGCCCACGCUCCCAUUCCAGCUCUGGCACCCGGCCUAGACCUGACUGGGAUAUUGGGGUGGCAGGGCGUCCACGCUCACCCUCUUUGAGGGGACGAGGAACAGAACUGACAGCCACACUUUAUCAGACUCCUGUAAGUCCCAUACCAUCAGCAGCUCAACAUGCCAGGCAACCUGGAGCUCUCAUGGCUUCAGAGUCUGUGUACCUCUCCCCCAUUGGAUUGCCAAGGACGGCUGAUGAGCCAGAGGACACUACAUAUUUAGUCCCUAGAGAAACAGUAACGACGGGACACUCGGACGACUGUUACUUGGUACCCAAAGGUACACCACUUGCAGGUGAUGAUGUUUACCAGUCCCCAACAGGAGGAGCUGUGGCUACUGCUGUUUGCUCUAAUGGCCACUCUAAUGUCAUUGGAACACCCGGUACCCCCCAGCCCAAAGUGAGCCAGGACACACCUGGGAUGUACCAAACGCCCACCCCUGUGGGAGCAAGCCUUCACAGGACUUCAGCCACAGUUUUGGCACACCAGCAUCCAUCUCAGUUAUCCCCUGCUCAAGCAUCUCCCAGACCUCUGCUGAAGGGAGUUUCACCAAACCCUGCUGUUGCCAGGGGUAAAUCUGGCGUGGCCUGUCACCGGGGAUCCCCGUUACUGGUCAGAGCAGGGCAGGUCAGAGUUCCCGGAUCACCAAAUUUUACCCGCAAACCUCCUCCACCAGCACCUCCAGUGAGAGGAGUCACAAGGAAAGAUGCACAACAGGCAGCACCAACAUCAGCCGAUUCUAAUUCUGUCCCCAAGCCCACCGCUCAGACCACCUCGGCAGGCCUGCAGCAAGAAGAGGACAAAAAUAAGGAAACUCCUCAGAGUAAAGUUGAAAGGGUGAAUAAUGGGCUGGAGAAAAGUAACAAUGUGCGUAACAAAAAAGGAGAAAAUCAGGAUUACUCAGAUCCUGUGGAUGACCAGGUGUAUGAUACUCCUCCCAGUGGCAGGUGGCAGCGUCCAGUCCCAUCUGUUCUUGGUGAUGAUGAUGGCAUCUAUGACACCCCUCGCUGUGUCCCACCACAAGCUAACUCUGAGACAGAGGUCUACGAUGUCCCCACCAUCACUCUGAAUGUGUCGACAUCAGAUGUUCAGCCUGAUGAAGCUGAUGAUGAAGUCUACAGUGUCCCCACACUUCCAGGUGUACCUCUGGGACCAGGAGACUCUACCACAAGCCUCUCUGGUGAAGAUGUUGCCCAGGCUGGAAAAGUCUGUUGUGUCCCUGGACCUGAGAAACGAGCCAGCGGUGGAGAUCAUAAUCGAGACUCCUCUGAGCCUGACUGUGGCAUCUAUGACAUGCCUGCUCUGACCAUUGAAGUCCUCCCUCACUCUUCCUCGUCGUCCUCCACCUCUACUCGUCGCCUCUCUGUUUCUAGUAAUGGUUCGGGUGAUGUGCAGUGGAGAGCCUCACUUUCCAGCCUUGUCCACACAGUGCUGAGCACAGCCUCCAGCUCGGCCUCUACCCUGUCAUCACGAGACUUGGCCACCUCAUUGGCUGAAAUCCUGUCCACCUGGAAAGCCAGUCAUUCAGGUGAUCCCCCACCGCCUCUUCAGCAGGCUUGGGCUCGUCUGUCAGACGUGCUGCCAGCAUUAUCUGCUAUUGGCAACGCUCCUCCGUCUGAGGGGCUCUUGUCACUGGUCCAGCUGUCCCUAGAGGAAAGCGCCCUCCUCUUGCAGGCUCAGGGCCGACCACGCCUGCCUUCCCAAGAAUCCCUGUCCCGCAGGCCAUUGCCCGCGCUCCCAGUGCCUGAUGGGAAGUCAUCUGGAGGUGGGAUGGGCUCUCGUAAAGGUAGUUGGAUCCAGGAGAGGCCCCUGCCCCCAACCCCUCAGCCUGCAUUCCCCUUGCCUCCUGCUCCAUCAACUGUGACUCUCACAGUGGGCCCUGUUGAUGGAGAAGAUGAUCCCAGCAACGAGUAUGCUGGGAUCGGCUUGACUCCCAUCCCUGCCCCAGUACCUGCGGGAGACAGUGUUGGAUACGUCAAGCUGCAGGGUAAGCCUGAGCCACCUCCUGAUGCCCUGGCUGAGAACAGGCAAACACAAACCAUCAAUGCAGAGCCAAGGUUGACCCCAUCCCCUCCUCUGCCGGUGUCCCUCUCCCUGGAGGACUCGGAGCUGCUGUCCUUUUACUCCUCUCAGAGCCUCGCCCACCUCUCCUGCCUGGCGGACGCCAUCGAUGUGCUGUUCAGCAGCGUGCAGGGGAACCAGCCUCCCCGCAUCUUCGUCGCCAGAGGAAAGAGUCUCAUUGUGACGGCACACAAACUGGUGUUUAUUGGGGACACGCUCUCCCGGCUUCUCACCUCUGCCGACCUCAGGGCCAAGAUCACAACCUCAGGGGGGCGACUCUGCCAGGCCUUGAAGGCGGUUGUGGUGGCAACGAAGGGCGCUGCACAAAACUACCCCUCAGUAUCUGCCACCCAGGAGAUGGUGGACCGUGUCGCUGAGCUCUCCCAGCAAGCGGCUGGCUUCUCCACUCUGCUCCAGCGUCUGGCGGAAAUAUCUUCAUGAUAUUUCAUAUAACUUGCGUAAAAACUUUGUUUACACUACACAUAUAUUUUCUAUCUUUGAAAUGCCUUAUUUGAUCGUAGACUCUUUCAUUACCUUUAAUUUGAAUGCGAUUGAAGCAGGCGAAGUUGAAUCCUGAAACAAGUGUUUAGCCUCGCUGCAGCGGUUACUAAGCUGGGUUUUGACUGUGCUGGUUCUGUCCUCCGAUUGUGUGUUGGUUUUCCUUUGUUUAUAUACUGACCUCUGUGCUUUGAUGCCAGGCACACUUGUCUUUUUGAGUGUUAACUUAUUGAAUAGUUGAAGCCCCUCUGUGGCUUUGAGUGUCCGUGCGGACUGCUUAUCUUGGGAGCUUUGCUUUAUUAUGUUUGCCGUAUUUUCUUUCCCUCACAUGAUAGCCAUUUUUCCUUCCUUCCUCUAUUUAUUCAGCCAUCCCCCCAUUCCAAAAAUAGCGCAGAAGGAGGCCUUACAUCCUGGUGCUGGCCUACUUUUUACUGUGAUACCUGAAAGGCCUUUUGUGAUUAUCAUUCUGAAACUGCUGAAACCGUACGACAAGUGUUUUGGGCUUAAUAUGGGAGAAAUGGAAAUGGGUGUGGAGUGGGAAAUGUGCCCGACUUCCAUCCAUAAUAUGUGCAAGUGUGCGUUGUGUUUGUGCAGUGCCCAUUUCCACUACAGAGAAAAGAUAAGCUGCGGUACACCUUGUUAUCCACUCACUGAGGUUUACAAGAAUCAUCUCCCAAUACAUGUUGAGUUUACAUUUAUGCAGUCUUACACAUCUCAUGAAGAAAAGUACUCUCAGACAGAGCGAGAUAAUAUCUAACAAUGGAUGCAGCGACUGAGAGUGAACACGGAUAGUUGGGUAAGAAACUGCCUUAUCCUGUUCUUUCCCGCAGUCCUGUGAUAGCGUGGCAGUGGAUAAGAAACCUGUUGACCAAGGAUACCUGUUUCCACAUGUCCUGUUAUGAACUGCAUGCUUAUGUUUAGUUAACUUUCUUUGCUUUUUAUCUCCAUUUCCCAUAAAAUGCUUGCCAACAGUGCUUACUCAUAUCUGCUUUAAUGUUUUCAAGUCAGCAAUCUUGCUGUGACGGAGUACAGUAGAAGCUAAGGCUGGUUAUUAUAUACAUAAUUCAUUAUUAAUGGAAAGCAUAGCAGUGGAACACACUUAACUGUACUGAACAUCAAUUUGAUUAUUUCACAUGAUUUUACAUUUUUCAUAAGAUAUAUAUCAAUAUUUAAAAAAUAUUCUAAUUACUAUGAGGAUAUUGAACUAAACCAUGUGGCCCAGCCCUAGUACAAACUGUGACAUGAAGCACAGCCCAUUUUUUUGAUUUGAAACGGGAGAAUUUCAAAACUCAUACCUGUCUUCCAUCUAAGAUGAUUAUAUUAUUGUCUGACUGCCCUUUUUCAUUGAUACCAGUCAUCAGGCGUAAUUGUCAGCUCAUCGUGAAGCUGUGGGGGAACCUAUAGUAGACUGGAAGUUGAACAAAACACGAUGCUCAUCACACUUACACUACAAAUCAUAACUGUGGAAACACAUGGCCAGUUUCACUGUUCAAAGUUAGAUUGUGAAGGUUUUUGGAUCUGUUGUCUGUAUCGUAACAUUCAAGUUUUAUUUUUCUGAUCCGAUUCGGUAUCAUGAGUGCAUUGUAUAAUCAUUUUUUCACUUGUGGGGCUCAGUUUAAAUCACUCUUUGAGGAGUACUUUUUCUUCCUGCUGUUCCAUUUUCUCUUCUGCAGCGCCACCUUGUGGAGGUUUGAAGUAUUAUUUAAUGAAUACCUCCCUGCCAAAGCUAUACUGUACGUAUGAAGACAGCAUAAUCGGCAAGUAACCUUUAGCUAUAUAUUUAUUAUAGUAAUUUUUUUAAAAUUUGCUUUCCACUUUGCAUGGCUUUAACUUGCUUAAAUUUUAUAUAUACACAUCCUUCACCAGGGUGAUUUUACUAGGUGAUUUACAAGGAACAAAGAAUGGUGUUUUGUUUUUGUUUGUUUUUUUUUUUUUGGAAAAACUUUAAGUUACAGUUUAAAGAUAUGGCUGUAUUUUGUUUUGUACACGAAAGUUUUUUACACUAUGUGAACUCAUUUGAGUCUGUCAUCCGUGUUCGCUGAGGUAUAGAGGUGAAUCUUUUGACUUUUCUCCUACAGUAAUACAGACUUAAACCUCUUUACACUAUAUUUGAUGUCUGUCUUGUAUUCCUGUUCAGAAUGCACAAAUACAACUUUUGCAAUUAAACAAACGUGUUC